AUGUCAAUCAAGACGUUGUUGGACAUCUCCUCCCUCUCUCUUGAGGAGGUGACCGGGCGUCUCAAGGCGCAGGAGGACCGCAUGGACAACGCCGACUCGAAUCGCGACUCAGGCAAACUGCUAUAUGCAGAUGUGCCGCGCCAGCGAGAUCGCGAGUCGGGCGAGGGCUUGUCUACGACUGGAGGUAACAGGAGCCAGCGGCAGCGCCCGCUGGCUCCAAAGAAGAAAGCAGUUGAAGACGGUGAGGCGAGGAAGCCAUCGCGCGAUGACACCUGCCACAACUGUGGCCUCUUCAUGACACAGGUCUGUGUGGAAAACCACUCAGAGGAGCAGCAAACUGAGUUGUUUUCUGUGCAGGAGGCCAAGAAAGUAGUUGGGAAGGUCAACAAGGCAGCUGUUGAGUACUCGGGCGACCAUGGAGUUGACUGCGAGUCUACUCCCCUACCUACGAUGACAGCUACUACAACUACCUGCAUCGAAGAGCCUCAGGCUCAAGCCUACCUUGGAGAGGGUGGGGAAGAUGAGUUGAUGGAAGGGUGGUACCUAGACAUAGGGGCCACCAACCACAUGACGGGGCGCAAUGACGUCUUCUCCCACCUUGGUCGGGCCAUGCGCGGCUCGGUCACAAGGCCGGUCUACCUCACCACUCGCCGUGGUGAUGAUGCCUGGCGGUGGCAUGACCGGUUCGGGCACGUCAACUUCAGCGCCCUCCAACAGAUAGGGCGGAGGAGCAUGGUGUGCAGGCUGCCGCAGCUGGCUCACAUUGAUCAGUUGUGUGACAUCUACGUCACCACCAAGCAUCAAUGUGCCCCCUUCCCCAAGCAGGCGAAGUAUAGGGCAGACAAACCGCUCGAGCUUGUACACGGCGAUUUGUGCGGCCACAUCACGCCGGCAACUCCAGGAGGCCGACGCUACAUCCUGCUACUGGUGGAUGAUGCCACAAGGUAUAUGUGGACUGCUUUCCUCGCAGACAAGAGCAGUGCGCCGGAGUCCAUUAAGAAGAUCCAAGCAGCUGCGGAGAACAAGUGCGGGAGGAAGCUGAAAGUGUUCCGCACCGACAACGGCGGUGAGUUCACGUCGGCAUCCUUCACUGAGUACUUUGCUGGCCAGGGUGUGGAGUGGCACCACUCGACGCCUCACACACUGGAGCAGAACGGCAUGGUGGAGCAGUGCAACCAGUCGGUGAUGGCAAUGGCGCAUGCCCUACUGAAGCAGAGGGGCAUGCCGACCCUACUGGGCAGAGGCCGUGAGCACGGCCAUGUUCCUCCUUAA